CAUCCGGUUUGUUUCAUCAGCAACCAGUAAGUAAAUUUUUGGUCCCCGGUGCUUUUUUUGACAGAGAGAGAGAGAGAGAAGAAGAAGAAGAAGAGGCGGAGGAGUCUAACCGUGAGGUAUAGAUAAUCCCCGAAGAGAUCGCGCUGGACACGUCAUUCGAAGAAGGGAGUGGCUACGAUCCUACUACUCUUGCUGGGCUUGCAGCAUUUCCUGCGUUGGAACACAUCCGACGUAAGAAGGAGGUUUCCAAAAAUGCGCGGGUGCUCCGACGGACAAAGGUGCGACGGCGUCAAGUCAACGACGAGAGUUCGAAACCGAAAGCGAAGCCGAAGAGACAAUUAGCCUCGGAACCAAAGCAACCAACGGAUACUCCACUGAGUAUCUUGACCGAGGGAUCGGACAUCCCCGUACGAGACAUGGAGGCGUUUGUGUUGCGGCCCCUCGAGGAGCGGCGCCAAGAGUCGAUGCAAAAGGAAGGCAAGGUCCCGCGGCCCAUGAACUCCUUCAUCCUGUACCGCCAGGCGUACCAGGACCGCGCGAAGGAGUAUUUGAACCUGAAGAAUCACCAGCUGGUCUCUUCGUGCGCCGGCCGCAGCUGGAAGAAUGAACAGGAGCAUAUCAAGACCAAGUACGAGACGCUGGCCAAGCUCGAACGCGACCGGCAUGCCCUAGCCUAUCCCGAGUACAAGUUCUCGCCCCGGAAAGCCGACGAUGAUAAAGGUUCUGACUCGAGGAAGUCCGCCUCUGCCACCUCGCGCAACAACAACAACAACAACAACAACAACAACAACAACAAUAAAGGCGGACCCCCAUCGAUCAAAAGUGAGCCUCUCCGGAAUUCCGAGGCGGACACUCCCCUGACCAGUCGCGCCUCCACCCCGUCGGAAUUCCAUGACGGGAUCGUACCUCUCAGCACCUUUGACCCGCCGUCCUGGAUGAUUAACGGGCCCUCCGCCACCGCCCCGGGCAUCAUGUCCCCCCCACAGGAAGCACACUACUUCCAACAGUCCCUUCACCCGGGCAUCAUGGCCCCCACGCCCGUCGGGGGGGUGGACGACGACCCGCUCAAGACGGUCGCUGCUGCGUCGGCCCAGCCUGAUCUGUACGGAACCUCCUCUGCACUGGCGGGCUUGCCCGGCGGCACCCACUGGGAUCUGAUCCAGCCGCACUCCACGGUCCACACGCCGGCCUACUCCGACGACGGCCAGCUGGAUCCCCAGCUACUGCACAAAUUCGACAGCCCGCCAGAUCAUGCUGUCGGCGAGCCUCUCUACCAUCACCACCACAACCACCACCAUCACCACCACCACCACUCCGCCCAUCCAGGCGUGUGGCAGCGCGAGGAACUGCCGGGCACCUCCUACCAGCCCAUCAUGGCCACUCUGGCCAACGGAGCUGGUCUGGAGUUCACCCUGGAUCCUUCAUAUCAGCACGGUCUACCGACCACGAACGAGACCUGGGACGUUGUCGCUCCAGGCAUGGUCGAUCAAAGCCGUGAAUAUAACACUUGGUAUGCAGCGCAGGCGUUGGGACCAAUGUGAUCAUCUCAUCAUCUCACCAUUUUUGGUUUCUUUUUUUUUUUAUGUUGAACGGAGUGACGAACUGGCGGAUUCUCUUUUCCUUUCUUCUCUUUUCUUCCUGCAUGGGUUGUAUGCUCCAAUGCC